AUUCAGAAGUUUCGAAUAGUUGCUAGAUAGACGGCGAACGCACCCAUAUUAAUUAGGUCUGUAACAAGAGGCUCCGUUUUUUUACAAAAUGAGCUUCUUUAAUGAUGUCCCUCAAAUAGUUUUUAACCCGGAUGCGAACGUCGAUGAAACGCUGUGCUUCAAAUUCUACAAUGCAACUGAAAUCAUUUUGGGCCGCUCGAUGGAAGAAUGGCUUCGAUUCUCAGUCUGUUUUUGGCAUUCUUUCAGAGGAACAGGAGCUGAUCCGUUCGGUCAAGCAACUAUUAAGCGAAAUUGGGACGACGGCACAGAAACGAUAGAAAACUACAAACGCCGUCUAGAAGCAGCAUUCGAAUUUUUCACAAAACUAGGCGUCAAAUAUUGGACAUUCCACGAUCGAGAUAUUUCACCUGAGGGUCAGACACUGGAAGAGACGAAUAGAAACCUUGAUGAGAUGUCUGACUUGGCUUUGAAUUUACAGCGUCAAACUGGCGUUCAAUUAUUGUGGAAUACUUGCAAUCUCUUUGCUCAUCCACGCUAUUCCAACGGAGCGGCUACCAACCCUAAUGCGCAUGUUUUCGCAUAUGCAGCAGCUCAAGUCAAGAAAGGUUUGGAAAUAGGCCAAAAAUUGGGCGCCAAGAAUUUCGUCUUUUGGGGUGGCCGUGAAGGUUACAGUUCACUUCUAAACACGGAUCUAAACUUGGAAAUGUCCAACAUGGCAAAUUUCCUACGUAUGGCCCUUGUUUACAAGAAGAAGAUUGGUUUUGAAGGACAGCUACUUAUCGAGCCGAAACCCAAAGAACCUACUCGACAUCAGUACGACUACGACGCUCAAACUGUGAUGUCAUUUUUGCGUCAGUUCAAUCUCCAAAAUGAUUUCAAACUGAACAUUGAACCCAAUCACACCACUCUGGCUGGGCAUGGAUACGAGCAUGACGUCGUUAUGGCUUCCACGUUCGGGAUUUUGGGAUCCAUCGAUGCCAACACAGGAUCACCGGAUCUCGGUUGGGAUACGGAUCAGUUCCCCAUGGAUAUUCGAGCCUGCACAGCUGUGAUGCUCCAAGUGAUUCGACAGGGCGGCGUUCAGCCUGGAGGAUUGAAUUUCGAUGCCAAAGUGCGCCGAGAGUCGACUAAUACUAAAGAUUUAUUCAUAGCUCACAUCGCAGCCAUGGAUUCGUUCGCCCGUGGACUACGUAAUGCAUCAAAAAUCGUGGAAGAUGGAAUUAUGGCUAGACACUUGAAGGCGCGGUACAUUUCUUUCGAAUCGGGAUUUGGCCUUAAAAUAUCCAAUGGACUGACUGAUUUGGAAGAGUGCGAGGAGUUUAUCCAUCAGCACGGAGAACCGGAAAUGAUUUCGGGACAACAGGAACAUUGUGAGGCAAUCUUUAAUCGUUAUUUGUAAAAGGUUUCUAGAUUUUUAGAUAGACCGGCUGUCACUUUCCUGUCCAACUAUUAAAUGUCGAAUAAACGACAACGUUUAGUUAGUA